GAAACUGCACUAGCUAUGGCGGAAGCAGAAGAAAACCCAAAAGUGAUCAAUGAAGAAGAAGAAGAGAAAAUUAUUCAACAUUACUCUUCAUAUCAUCAAAUACUCUUAGUGGGUGAUGGAGAUUUUUCUUUUUCUCUCUGUUUAGCUCAGGUUUUUGGUUCUGCUUCGAACAUUGUUGCUUCGUCUUUACAAUCAUAUGUUGAAGUGAUCAAAAUGUACAAGAAUGGGAAAUCGAACUUGGAAAAGUUGAAAUCUUUGGGAGGAACUGUGUUGCACGGUGUGGAUGCAACUAAAAUACAGCUUCAUUCUGAUCUUAGUAACCGGAAGUUUGAUCGGAUUAUCUAUAAUUUUCCUCAUGCAGGGUUUCAUGGCAGUGAGGAUAGUGAUCAUCUUAUACAAAUGCAUCAGAAGCUUGUGGGACGUUUUUUUGGGAGUGCCAAGAAACUGUUGCGAGUUGAUGGUCAAAUUCAUGUAACACAUAAAACGUGUCUUCCAUACGACCUUUGGAAUCUUGUUGGACUUGGAUCAGGAAACUCCUUGAUGUGUAUCGAAUGUGCUGAUUUCAAGAUUGAAAAUUACCCUGGUUACAACAAUAAAAGAGGAGCUGGUUCAAAAUGUGAUGAGCCUUUUCAUUUGGGUGAGUGCAAUACCUUCAAGUUUAAAUUCGACCCAUCUCGUAAGAAUGUGCCAAGAACAAAACACAAGAAACGCUUUUUACAUGCACCAUCUCAGAAUCUUCUAAACGUUCCCAACUCCAUAAGUCCUCCGAUUUACUCCUUCCAACAGCCACUAAGUUGGAUUGACAGUAGAAAUUCUCCAACUUGUGUCAUCAAUGGCAUGAACGGUUUUCCAAGUUAUGCAUAUCAGAACUUUCAAAAAGUUCCCAACUCCAUAAGUCGUCCGAUUUGCUCCUUCCAACAGCAACAAAGUUGGAUUGACAGUAGAAAUUCUCCAACUUGUGUCAUCAAUGGCAUGAACGGUUUUCCAAGUUAUGCAUAUCAGAACUUUCAAAAAGUUCCCAACUCCAUAAGUCCUCCAAUUUACUCCUUCCGUCCAUCUUAUGUGAAUGACAUGAAUGGUUUUCCAAGUCAUGUUGGUUUACCUGCAAGGCAUGACCCCAUAAGUGAACUUUUCAGGAUCUUUAAGCCGUAUUUCAGUUAUAUUCAAGAAACAUUUGGAAGAGUGGACACUAAUGUUGAAGUUUCAGUUCGUCGAGCUCUACAUCAUGGUGCUAUGAGGUUCGGGGACGAGACCGGGAGGCCCCCUGUAGAUUACUUGGAAACUUUGGAAGAGCUUCAUUGUUGGAGCCGGUCAAGAAUUCUGAAGUUACAACAGAGAUUCAUCGAAGCUCAAUUUCAUAACAACAUGAAGGAAAAGAUUGUGAUCGAUAUCACUCUCAGCACUGAUAAUCGUUUAUCUAAGGCUAUGCAAAUCGCUGUAAAAUGUGCAGGGGUACUCUCGGUGAAUUCAGAUAAAGAAAAAGGGCAUUUGGUGGUAAUUGGAAUUGGUGUCGAUUUUUUUAAAUUGAUGAAAUGUAUAAAGAAAAAAUUCAACUGUGCUCGCAUUGUGAGCGUAGAAGAAGUGAAACCCGAAAAGAAACCCGACCCGAAACCGCAACCAGUUUGCUAUCCAAACCCAUGUGUGCAGUAUUAUCCAGUAUGCCGACCCGUUUAUGAUUCUCCUACUCCAAAUUGCACCACUAUGUAAAAAAAACAAUUUUAAUUUAUUGUAUCGUAUUAUUAAA